GAGACUGACUCAUGCAACAACACAAACAACAACAAAUACAAACUACAGCAGACUACAGAAACAUGGCUCCCCCGAAUCUCUGUGGCCUCUGGCAGAUAGUGAAAUGUGGCCAGCCGAGUGCAGCAGAUUGCAGCUGUGGCAAGAAAUAUGGGAUAGAGGGAACUACAUUUCAAUUGAGCGAUACAGGAGAUGUUUCUUGGAAACCGUCGGAGGGUGCCAAAGCCAAUCCCAUCUUAAACUGUGAUACUUACGAGAUUUACAACCCUAGCCAUCACUCAGCAGUUAUUCAAUUUGGUGCCCACAUUGGUCAUGUUAUUGAAUUCAAAAUGGAAGGUUUUGAACCUCCGUUUGAUCACAUGACUUUAAGAAAUGACCUCUGGUGCUGUUUACAAUGUAAACGUAUUCCAGCUGAAGAGCUAGAGCCACUUCUUGAUGCUUCUUUCUCACUUCUUCCUGCAUUGGAGGAUGGCUACUUUUCUGAUAUAUCCAUUCCUGCCAUCAGUGGAAAACAAUUUCCUGUCCAUUCUUGUAUUCUUUCGCUGAGCUUGCCAGACGUUGACUGGAGUCAGACAAAUACUCCACUCUCUGGUCUCCCAGAGGAUGUCUUGUGUGCAAUACUCCACUAUCUCUAUGCAGAGUGUUUGCCAGAUAACUUAAAUGAGAAAUGUGCACGUCAGAUAAUCACCUUGAUGUCUGAAAUACAGUCACCUUCUCUCUCAAAACUUAUCAAUAUGUGUGAAUUAUACCUCAAGCACAUGUCUCUCAGCAAAGAAAUUAUUGAUCUUACUGAAGAUAUUCAUGCCUGUGGUAAUCAAAUUAUUGAACAUUUUUCUGGUACUAAAACAUCUUCAUCUCAAGGAUUGGACAGUUUGAAGAGUAAUCCUUCAAAAUUGUGCUAUGUUUUAAAACAGUGUAUUCGAGAAUGUGCAGUUGGUCUGGGAAAAUAUGCUGUUCUUUGUCACCUCAUCACUGCCAGAAAGAAAGAGCUUACACCGGGAGAACAGAUCGAAAUAAUUCAAUAUGCUAAAUCAAGACUCCCUGUGUUUUUGAAACAAGUUCAUCAGCUUAUGAAAGCUGUCAAGUCAAAUUUUCAUGGAAUGACCUCCAUGCAGAGGUUUGAUAUAGCAACAUAUGUUGUCCCACAGAUUGAAUCAGUCCUUGAUAUAGUUUCAGCCAUUGCAUUGGAUGUAAAAACUGCUAUGGAGGCCAUCAUCAAUGACAAAUGUCCUAAUGUACAACCUCUACACCCCCCUCACAAAAGUACACAUUGCUCUGAUGAUGUACUGUCAACAACUCUUAAUGCUAUUCUGAAUUUAAAAGAAAUGAGCAAAUUGAGAAGAUUCCAUCAAUGGAUGACAUAUAGUUUAGCUUGGUUGUUGCAAAGACGGGAAAAUUUUAAUGACAUGUCAAGUGUGAAUAAAGUUCGUUCAGUGGCACGUAACUUGGACCAAAUUAUGGAGGAACUGCCUGUUUUCCUACUUCGUGUUCAAGAUGUUGACGAUAAAUUAGAUUGGAGAGAGUUUAAAUUUAUCUUUAAAAUUGCUGCUUCUAAAACUUCUGGCUGGAUUGAUGUUAUGCUAUCCCACAAGGAGCUCUUGCAGGAUGUAUUUGAUCAAAUAUCUAAUCUGGUUCAACGUGAAGAGUUUACCAAAUCUUUGGUGACUUUAGGUUUAAUUGAUUCUUCUCAAAAUGCUUGUAGCAGUCAGUAUCCAGAAAACACCGAAAGUAUUAAUAUGUUUGCUGGCCAAGCAGCAAGUUCUGAAUGUGGACAAACAGAAGGAAAGUUGAAUUUACUGCAGUCUGUGUGCACCUCCCCUUCAGCUCAGAAAAGUUAUAUUUCAAAACAGAUGCUUCCUUUACUAUCUUCAGGACAAGGCUGUGAUAUGGUGUUUGAGGUCAUUUCUACUAAAGAUGUGGAGUCUAAUGGAGAUCAGCCAACAGACACAGAUUCUCAUAACAGCAGUACUGAGCCCAAGCAUGAAGUUCAUAUUUUGAAGGCUCAUAGAGUUAUAGUUGCUGCUCGCUGUGACUGGUUCAGACGAGCUUUGUUGUCUGGUAUGAGGGAGACUAUUGAUAGAAAAAUUCUGGUUCAUGACACAAAUCCAGCCUUGUUUUCUGUAUUUUUGGAAUACUUAUACAGUGGAUGCAUAAACAUCAAAGCUCUGAGUGUUGACCAGUUGGCUGACCUCAUGAUGCUUAGUGAUCGUUAUGAAGUUGAUACGUUAAAGCAGGUUUGUGAAUAUGUUUUGAAAGGGCAUGUUGACAGCGAAUCUGUUCUUUACUUUCUGAGCUUAGCGGAUCAAUUCAAUGCAAAAACUCUAAAGGAGGAAUGUUUGACAUUUGCCUCACACAAUCCAGGAAUAAUGGAUCAUGAUCUGUUUGAGGAGUUACCUCAGCAUCUUCAGUCUGAGGUUUAUGACUUAAUAAUAUGGGUGAAGCCCUCAAUUGCUGAGCCACCAGAACCUUCAGAGCCGCGAGUGAAAUUUUCCAGUCCAGACCUUUCAUGUUCUUCUAGUUUAGAGGAUUUAGAGGACCUAAUGGCCAAUAUUCGAACAGGAACCACUCAGGCAAAUCGUUCAAUCAGUGAUUCAUUAGAAGAGCUUCCAUUGGCUCAAGAUUCCAGCCGUUUAGAAAGAUGUUUAGCUGAUCUCUAUGACAUUGUCGGUGAUGAUGCUCCACGCCAUGAACUCGCUCAGAUUGCUAUGGCUGCUGAUUAUGAUGUGAAUCGGGCAGCAAACUUCUAUUUUGAACAAAAGAAGCAAUCUUGAAACAGGAAAUCAACAUGACUCACAGGUCUCUGGAGGUGUCACCAUUCUUGACUCACAUGAAAGAAAUGUUUUGAAUUUCAUCUGAGGUAUGGGUAAAGAGGAGAUUUGAAAAAAUACUAUUGUUGUCUGCAGGAAGAAGGAGAAACUCUGUGUAGAUACAUACCCUGGGCUGUAAUUGGGAUGUGCACAUCCUAAAUUUUAUCAUUGUUGAAUGUUAUGCUAUUUAUUUUCAACAAAAAUUUAAUAUCAAUAUUUCUUUUCCAUUAGAUGAGACUGUAUGUAAGUAAAUGCACUUUUUCACUUCACUUAUCUUUUAUAUAUAUACAUAUAUAUACCUACAUUUCUAUAUCAAUAUGUACUGUAUUAACUUUUUAAUGCUUAAUAAGAGACAAAUAACACCAAGAUCUGUGUUUGGUAACUCUAGUAAGCAAAACUGAACAGGCUUGACAGUUGCUUUUCAGUUUAAAUUAUUUCAAUUAUUUCUGCACCCUAGAAAAAGAGAAAUUAUACACAGGUUUUCUUAUUUCUUCUUUCAGAGUCUUGGUCUGUUUCAUCAAUGUGAUUUUAUUUUUUUUCUAUCAGAGGCUUUUCAAAGCUCCUACUGCUUAACUAGAAUUUGGUUGUUUCAUUCUUAAAAAACAACUUGUUCAAGAGCUAUUGCUUUUAUUCUUCAGUGCCGAGUGGCCUGGGCCCUAAUUUACUUCUUGGAGCUCCAAUGAGCAUUUAUGAUCCCCUUAUUCUGUUUAGAACUGAAUUUUAGUAAGUAAUUCAAUCGAGUUCUAAAACACGUUCUUAUACAUUUUGGCUAGUCAUUUAAUACAAGGCUGAGCAUGUGAUCAAUUAAUUUUUAGCAUGGCUAAAUCAUAGUGCUUAAUUUGUUUAUUUAUCCACCAUUUUGCUUAAGAGGAGGCUGGGCAAAACUGUUUGUGUAGUUUAAAGAGUCAAGCCAGCAGAAACAUAUUCUCCACGGGAAUGUUAUGAUCUAGUCAGUAUCUGUAUUUCUUAACUUUAGUUAUCACUACCAUUCACUGUUACUGGAUUUAAUUUGGUAAUUUAAGUUGUUUUUGAAUUGUUGUUGUUAAGUUAACAAAUUUAUUUCUUUUCUGUGAUUCUUAUUCUCACUAAAUUGUUUUGGUGAAUUUUAUUAAAAUCUUGACACAUUUGACACUUGCAAAGUGCAACACAAUGCCUCUAAAACCAGUAACUUAUUGUGUUUCAGUUGAGCAUUUAGAGUAGACCUCUUUGGAUUCAGGUUUGGAGCUAUUAGUUUUAUCGUGAUUUCAUUCCUACCUUUAUACAUGUAAUAUAAAUUUCAUAUUUUAUAACGCAUAUGUAUUUAUGAUAAAUGUUGAUGUAAGUAUCAGCUCAAUGGAAUGUGGUUCAAUGAGAGCUAGACUUCAAGUGUCUCAUUGUAUAAUCAGCAGAGGUUCUGAAAACAUUUUAAGACUGAAAUUUGUGUGGAUACACCGGGAGAUGUUGAUAGAUACUGGAAUUAUAGAUUGAUCAAAGUAAAGAAUUUGCACACAUUUAAACUAGAAGAAGAAAAAAACAACACAUUGUCUGGCCUAGAUGCAAUAAUUGCACUUCCAUAUUUUUUAUUGUUGAACCAUGUUCUAUAAGGUGCCUCAAUUUAUUGAAGUUUCUUUUUUCUUAUUA